GGGAUUCUCUUCAGCCGCUUUGUGAAGCAGGGGAGAGAUGCCUCAGGAACAGUACACCCACCACCGGAGCACCAUGCCCAGCUCCGAGGGACCACAGGUAUACAAAGUGGGGAUUUAUGGCUGGCGGAAAAGAUGCCUGUAUUUCUUUGUCCUACUCCUGAUGAUUUUAAUACUGGUGAACUUGGCCAUGACCAUCUGGAUUCUCAAAGUCAUGAACUUCACGAUUGAUGGAAUGGGAAACUUGAGAAUCACAGAAAAAGGUCUAAAGCUAGAAGGAGACUCCGAAUUCUUGCAACCUCUUUACGCCAAAGAAAUCCAGUCCCGACCAGGUAAUGCCCUGUACUUCAAAUCUGCCAGAAAUGUUACAGUGAACAUCCUCAACGAACAGACUAAAGUCCUAACUCAGCUGAUAACAGGGCCAAAAGCUGUAGAAGCUUAUGGCAAAAAGUUCGAGGUAAAGACAGUUUCUGGAAAAUUGCUCUUCUCUGCAGACAACAAUGAGGUGGUAGUAGGAGCUGAGAGAUUAAGAGUUUUAGGAGCAGAGGGCACAGUGUUCCCUAAAUCUAUAGAGACACCUAAUGUCAGGGCAGAUCCCUUCAAGGAACUAAGGUUGGAGUCCCCCACCCGGUCUCUGGUGAUGGAGGCCCCAAAAGGAGUAGAAAUAAAUGCAGAAGCUGGCAACAUGGAAGCCACCUGCAGAACAGAGCUGAGACUGGAGUCCAAAGAUGGAGAGAUUAAGUUAGAUGCUGCGAAAAUCAAACUACCUAGACUGCCUCAUGGAUCCUACACGCCCACAGGAACAAGGCAGAAGGUCUUCGAGAUCUGUGUCUGCGCCAAUGGGAGAUUAUUCCUGUCCCAGGCAGGAACCGGUUCCACUUGUCAGAUAAACACGAGUGUCUGCCUGUGAGAGCCGAUGCAUAGUGGACAUUGUCGGCAGCCUCCAGGCCUUUUUCGGCUUUAGACCCUGGCUGCCAGCUAUUUUUACUAGAACACAGAAAGCCUAUCAAAGACCUUUUGUGUGUGUGUGUGUGUGUGUGUGUGUGUGAGAGUGAGAGUGAGUUUGUGUGUGUGGGUGAUAUAAAUAUAUAUAAAUAUAUAUAAAUAAAUAUAUAUAUCCUCUGUAUAAAAUGAGGUUUCAGUACAAAAGGAACCAAGGGUGACCCUGUGAUAUCCACUGUCAUUGCCAUCCCAACCCCACCACAUACAUGAUAAAAUCAAAACACUAAUUCGGG